AUGAUUAAUCUAUUGCAAGAGCUGAACAAUCUAGCGCACCAAGACAACAACAGUGCCAAGGUGGACGGCACCAAGUACGAGCACUGCAGCGACUUUAUGAGUGAGGAUGACGGCAAGAUUGCUCACGGCCACAACGAGGACUGGAGCAACGAUGUGCGUCCUUACGUAUACUUCGUAGCGUAUCAUUUCACAAAGGAAUCCGGUAGACUGCCAGUGGCAGGGCUGUGUUAUCCGGGAAUGGUGAUCGGUAAUGCUGUCAAACACUUUCGAGGAAUGUGUCAAGGCCUUAGAGACACCCGGCCAGAUCAUGGGCUACAAGUGCCCUCCGUGAAAGGGGAGCAGCGCACAAAGUCCACUGACUGGAGACAACUGCGCAGCGAUGCCUUACCACCAGUCGCAAUGGCCACGAUAUCGUCGCACGGCUUGGAGAUACGGAGGAGAAGCACUACCCCAUUUACACUCCCACCACACUGGUCACCUACUUGUUGGACGCAGCCACCGGCAAUGUGAAGGUCUGGGCCAAUUCAAACCCGGCAAACUCAAGGCCGGUGUACGAAUG